UUUUGGUGCCUUUUUUUAACACUGCUGUUUUCUUGAAACGAAAGUCGAAGUAGAAAAAGGAAAAGCAAUGAAAUCAGUAAUCUGCAAUCUCAAGUAUGGGUACAAAUCUUUGUUUCAUGUGAAGUGGGUUUCGGCUUCUGGGUUUCACAUAUCUGUGGCUGGUGUUCUGGGUGUUGCUGGUUUGCUUUUGGCUUUAGUAAGAGACCGCAACUUGGGGAAUUUAACUCGCUUACCUUGGUUGGCUCAGAGAGAAAAUCGUCUGGAGAAGCUCUACUUCGUUCCUGGCUUGCAAAAUCUUGGGAAUAAUUGCUUUUUGAAUGUCAUAUUACAGGCUCUAGCUAGCUGUUCAUAUUUCCAACCUUUUCUUCAAAAGGUAAUAGAGGAUUUUGCAUCAGCUGCCAAUGGAGAGUGGAGUGAAAGUUUGCACCUUACAGUUGCUUUGGCUGCUUUAUUAGAAGAACUAUCUUCAUUUGGUGAACAAAGAGUUGUGUUAAAUCCGCGGAAGGUGAUGCUUGCAAUGGCUGACUAUAUUCAAAAUUUCAGUUUAACAAGCCAACAGGAUGCUGAAGAAGCAUUUCUUCAUCUGUUAUCCUCUUUAAGAGAAGAAUUUUCAGAUUCUUAUCCUCCAAAUGAGAGUUCUCUAGCAGAUGCUUUUGCUUCUCCUAAUUAUAGGAUUCUUGCUCCAAGGAGGAGGGAAAUACUGAAUGAACAAGAGAGGUGGCAACAACACUUUUUUGGACCAUUUGAUGGAAUUCUUAGUAGCAUUUUAACUUGUCAAAGCUGUUCAUCUCAGAUUUCAUUGAAUUUUCAAUUUUUUCAUAGCUUACCUCUUUUGCCAGUACUUGAAAGUGGUUCUACCAUUAUGGCUGGAUGUACUUUGGAGGAGUGCUUGAAGCAAUUCAUUGCUGCUGAACAAGUUGAGAAUUACAACUGCGGCCAUUGUUGGCACAUUGCUGCAAUGAAGUAUUUAUCUUUGAAAGGAGCAAAAGAGACGGAGAUUGAAAAAAUUAGGAGUUGUAGCAUUCAAGAUUUCUGUACCUGCCAUAGUCUUUCUCAUCUUGAAAGUCUACCAUGGUCAAAUAAGUUUUCACGCACUUUAAAGCAACUAAGUAUUGCUCGUUGCCCAAAGAUUUUAUGCAUUCAUUUACAACGUGUUUCAAUAAAUCGGUUUGGAGAACCAGUCAAACUUCAGGGCCACGUCAGCUUUCCAUUAAUUUUGAACAUGCUUCCGUUCACAUUGGACAAGGCACAAAGUCAAAAAGCAAUCCCUCAUCUGAACUAUUUUAAUGUGCAUUCUGACAGAAGAAUGCUAAAUUGUAUUCAUGGACAAAGUACUUACUCAAAGAUUGUAGGAGCUGAUGGAUCUGGGUUCAAUGAACACACAGAAACCUUGUUGGGAGAAUCCAGUUUGCCCCAAACCAAAGGCUGUUCCAAAGCCAUAUUUACAGAUGAGAGCAUGCAAACUAAUGACAAGGCCAGUGAAACUUCCUCAGUAGCUCCUGCAGAACCUUUGCUAUACCGUCUUGUUUCUCUUGUGGAGCACUUUGGAAAGGCCGGAGGUGGCCAUUAUACUGUUUAUAGAAGUGUGAGCUCCCAGAAACUGAAAGAGCAUACCAGUGAAAUUCUCAAGCCUUCCCAUCUUCAGUGGUUUUGUAUAUCAGAUUCUGAUGUCUCCAGUGUCUCAGAGAAAGAUGUGCUAGCUGCGGAGGCUAGCUUGCUCUUCUAUGAGAGAAUUGUAGAAGGCUGAAAUUCUUUGUAAGGUAACCACUUCUUGUGGAAGCUAUAUUGUAUCCUUCCAACAGCAGCUUCUUCUGUUGCAACUCCAAGUAAACACUUGAUGCCAUGAAAUUCUAUUGAAAGGAACCACCACCACCAGUUUCAGCUCUGUAAUGCUGAAUAAAUGCGAGCACUAAGCGAGUCCUUACAGGUCAUCUAACACCCACCUCUGUCAAACAAAACGCCUGGAUUCCUUCGUUAUCACCAGAAAAGUGCUCUAGAAAGAAGUGCAGCCAAGAAGAAAACAUGCAGCCGGGACUCUUGAUUUUUUUGUUCAAAAACAGAUAGUUAUGAGACAGAAACAGUUUUUCCAAUAACUUUGUAGUUCUUUGAAAUUAUAAUGAGUACGUUCAAUUGAAAUUAGGUAUGUACACCUCUCAGAAGAUUGCAUACCAUAAACA